UUGCGUGCACUUGCGCCGCAACAGGAAUUACGCGCUUUUGGAUACUCAUUCUUCGGCCAAACGAAAUCUGGCUUUUUAUAAAUUCCAUCAGCAAAAUAAAUGUUUCCUAAAAAUGCAUGCCUCCGAAAUCCCUCUGGUCUGGCUGCUGGUGCUAUUCUUUUUGAAGCCCGUCCUCACCAUUCCACUCUCAUCUUUCGUGGAUGAGCGUGACCCUUCAUCCUUUCAAAGAGUGAUUAUCUACAACCGCACCAGAGAAGUGUUUGUGAGUGCUCGCAAUGCCCUCUAUCAUUUCGAUCCUAAUCUUAAGUUUUUGGGCAAAGUAUCCACGGGACCGGCGAUGGACAAUACAUCCUGUCUCCAUCCUUCCUAUCCUUGCGAAGGUAGGAGGGUCCCCAUGUCCGACGAUAACAGAGUCUUGGAGAUCAUCCACCAUCCUGAAAGACCACUGUUGCUGACGUGCGGCACUCUAUACCAGGGCCUUUGCUACUUGCGGAGUCUCAACCUCAGCGGUGGUUUUCAACCCCGUCAGGUGGGGCCCCUCAAUGAAACAGUUGGCUUUACGGCGGGAAGGGCGUCAUCCAUGUCGUUUUUCGGUCGAGGCUUCGGAGGUCAGCAAGUGCUGUGGUCUGCCAUCUCCUAUGACGACCGUCCUGCCGCCUACGUUCCUCCCGCCGUCUCUAGCAAAGUGAUCAUCCGCAAUGACGAUGGCUACAACUUUGAAUAUGCUCAAAACUCGGAAGGGCAAUUCACUGGAGUGUAUUUCGAUGCUCAGUACAGACGUCAGUAUAAAGUAGAAUAUGUGUGGGGAUUCAGCCAUGGCAAUUUCACAUACUUCCUCACUAACCAGCGCUUGUCCACGGAAUCUGAGAGCGUAGAAUCUCGCCUUGUCCGCGUUUGUGCGGACGAUCCCGCCUUCUUUUCGUACACAGAAGUGUCGCUCAAGUGUCACCAUCAUAUAGACGUCUACAACCUGGCUACAGCCGCCCAUCUGGGCUCAGCGGGAGUUCAGUUGAGGAGACGACUGAAACUGGACUUGCGGGGACCAGCCGACAUUCUCUUUGUCAGCUUCGUGCGCAGCCUACCUGGGCACGGCGAGACUGUGGAUGGGACAAAGGGCUCUGUAAUCUGCUCUUUCCCCAUGGCGCUGGUGGUGGAAGCCUUCACCAAUGCCACGAGGGACUGUCUCAGAACAGAACCCAGAGCUCAUUUGCUCAAACACAUCACAGGAGUGGAUCUGCCCUGCACGAGAGAGGAAGGCGUGGAAGUAGGCGAUGACUUCUGUGGAUCGGGAUUCAACCACUACAUUGCUGGAAGAGAGUCUAUCCCCGGUGGAUUCCGCACAUUCCUUGAGAACGAGCAUGUUACGUCUUUGGCAGUCACUUUGCAGAACGGACAGAGCAUCGCGAUCGCGGGUACUGCUGAUGGGGAUGUUUACAAGAUCCACCUGGAAAAACGUGAUCAGCAAGUGCUGUAUAAGAAGAAUAUCGCCUCAGGUGAGGACAAAGUGAUCCAAAGAUCGAAUGCGUUCGACCCUAGUCAAGAAAACAUCUACUUCUUGGUUGGAAACAAAGUGGUGAAGUUUCCAAUAGGAUCAUGCUCCUUAUAUGAGGACUGUGGCUCCUGCCUGAGCACCGAGGACCCGCUUGGGUGCGGAUGGUGUGGCGACCACUGUUCCCACGUUCUCGAGUGCGAGACACCAGACAAACACUCUACGAACUCCUGCUCACCACUCAUUUACGAGGUGCAGCCCACGAGCGGGCCAACGGAGGGUGGAACUCUGUUGACGAUCCGGGGAGACAAUUUCGGCUCUUCCCAGGCUGGGGAGUUUCAUUCCAAGAUCUCCAUUUCAGUUGCCGGAAUACCUUGCCUCAUAUUCCUCUGGCAGAAAGAUAGGGUUCAGUGCAAGACUAGUCCCGUGCCUUCGGCAUUAAACGGCCGCGUAGAAGUGAAUGUGACCGACAUGUCCUGGAAUAAUGGACCUUACGAUCAAAAGGGCUCUGUUAGAAGCGAUGCAAUAUUUUCUUACGUGGUUCCCAAGCUGUACGGCAUCUAUCCGGGGUGGGGACCUGUGUCCGGUGGAACAAACAUCACCCUCUACGGACACCGUCUUGACACCGGCGUCGCUCACAGCAUAGCCAUGGCAAAAAUUCCUUGCAUUGUUAUUAGGAUCCACGAGGAUUCUGCUUGGUGUAUUACGGGCAGUUGGAGGGGUUCCGAAGGAUUGACCCGAGGGCCAGUCGAGAUGCAGAUAGAUGACGCAAUCGUCGAGAUUGAAGCUUCCCCUGACGUAGACAUCGGAUCUCCUCUCUACAAGGAAUUCGAAUUCCGGCCAGAUCCUCAAGUGCUACUCAUACACCCGCAGGUCACUACCAUCAGUGGGUCGAUGAAUCUUACUGUGACCGGCCAUCACCUGGACAGCGUCGCCAGACCCGAGAUGGUGGUCAUGGUGGCUUCCACACUCACCGGAGAAAUGCUUGAAUUUCAUGAGCCCUGCCUUGUACAGCCAGGCGGUCAUUCCAUGGUUUGCAGCACUCCGCCCCUGCGGCACUCCGGCCUACACGCCCCGACGGAGCGUGCACCUUUAGUCACUCACGUCGCCUUCAGCAUGGAUGGGGUGGCAGAGUUGCGAGAGCUGCCCCUACGCCGGCGUGAGCUAUCGCAGCUCCUGUACUACCCGGACCCCGAGUUCCAGUCCUUCGGGGAGGUGCGCAGGAUCUCCACGGACAGGACUCAGCUGGACAUCCAGGGGCGGUUCCUGGACCUGACGCAGAGCCCUUCCAACCUGCGUGUGAGCAUUGGUGGGAGUCCCUGCAAUGUGACAUCUGUCACUUCGGACGCCUUGCACUGCAUCAUCCCGGAGAAUCUGAUCCAACAGCAGAACAGCAGCACGCACCUGGUGGAAGUGCACGCUGGCCGUCUUCAUCACCUGCUGGGGUACGUGGAAUUCGUAGAGCGGGGGACGAGUGUAGCGACCAUUGCAAGUAUAAUCACCGUGGCAAUUUUCGUGAGCGCGGCUGCCUUGGUCCUCUACAUCUAUUGCCGCCGUGUGGCACCCAGGAAGAAGCAUCCUGGUUACAUCGUGGCGUACACAGCCGACAGACAGCAGCGGGCCAACGGGGAUAGCUGCGGAGCGACAGCGCGCAGGCAAGACAGUAACGAUUACCAGGACUGGCGCGGUCGCAUCCAAAGUCGGCAGACGAGCGCCAAGCAGAGCACCUCCGCCAAGGCUCAGGUAGAGGAGGUGGUGGAGGCCGAGGAAAGUGCCUCCGCUCACCAGGUGGAUGAAGAAACAAUGCGAUUGUUGGAGUCGGAAAACAUCCUCAUUUACAGAAACUAUUUGUCCCUGGGCGAAAUUAUUGGAGUCGGUCACUUUGGUUGCGUGUACCGGGGAGAGCUGCAGGCACCGGGCAAGGAGAAGGUGAGCGUGGCCGUCAAGACUCUGCAUAACAGUUCUCGCAGCGCCGGACGAGAUGUUGAAGCCUUCUUGCAGGAGGGACUCAUGAUGAAGGACUUCCACCACCCAAACGUCCUCAGCCUUGUCGGGGUAUGCUUCGAGGAGGGAGAGCCGAUGGUCGUUAUCCCUUACAUGAAGCACGGGGACCUGCUGGCUUACAUACGCAAUGAAGAAAACAGCCCCACUGUGAAGGACCUGCUCACCUUCGGCAUGCAGAUCGCAGCCGGUAUGGCCUAUCUGUCUGAGAUGAAGUUUGUGCAUCGGGACUUGGCAGCCAGGAAUUGCAUGUUGGACGAGAAUCUAGUCGCGAAAGUGGCGGACUUCGGACUGUCUCGAGAUAUCUACGAACGCGAUUACUACAGCAGUGAUAACAAGAAGACGAAACUGCCCGUCAAGUGGAUGGCCCCUGAGAGCCUUGAGAAAGGAACUUAUUCCACCAAAACAGAUGUCUGGUCGUACGGCGUUGUUCUGUGGGAGCUGAUGACGAGAGGCGUGAGUCCGUAUCCGGACGUCGAUAACUGGGACAUCAUUCACUAUCUCAAAUCUGGUCGGAGGAUGCCUCAGCCUUCCUACUGUCCUGAUCUUUUAUACGAUGUGAUGCUGUCUUGCUGGGAGGAAGAACCGAAGAAUCGACCCACCUUCAUUCAGUUAGAAGAGCACGUACGGAACGUUAUUACCACUCUGCAGAGGAACGUCCACCAACGCACGGUCGGUCUCAAUGUUACUUACGUCAACUACCCUACCACGCUUCCCUAGUCCCACGCUGCUCAGAGGAAAAAGACAAUCUGUUUCAAAGAGCUUAAUAAUCCAUCUUCUUUUGAUGGAUUCAUUCAAAGAUUUGAAUCGGGCAUUGAAGAAAAUCACACAUUCUCGGUCUUGUCGAAGGCACCUCCUUUCAGCAAAUGUGCCCCUCAAGAACCAAAAGGGCGCAGAUAUUGCGCAGAGAUCGUCGGGGAGAGGCUCGCCUUUAUCUCAGUCUGAUCCCAGAGAUCGAAGUUUCUGAAUUAUGGAAUCUAUAGCUUUACUGAAAGGUUAAGAACUUACAAGACUGUUUCAGAAAUCACGUGCUUUUGUUUUAAUAGUAGGAUAAUUAUCCUUUUAUUUUUAUUCUACGUGACACUUAUUACCUGGAAAUUAUGUUCCUCGUAUAGCUCUUUGGGAUGACAGAUUCAUUUGUUAUUUAUUUGAUUUUCUGGUUUGGGAUGUAAUCAAGUGAUGAUAUCAUUAUGCAAAAAUAUAUUUAUUUAUGUUUUCGAAAACCGAAUGAUUUUUUUUUUUUUUAAAUCACGAAAAAUGACUUUCAAAAGGUUUGUCAGCAUGCAUUAAUCAUGGUAGUUACUGCCAAGUGCAUGAAUGUUUUGUCAAAUAUUUAUUUUUCAGUAUGAAAAUAUGUGUGUAUAUGCGCGUGACUUUGAUUUAAAAAAAAGUCUUAAAAUUCCAGUUAAUUGCUUUAACUUUUUCUCAGAAACUGUUCUUAAAUUAUGUGUUAUAGUUAGAAAUAUUUUUAUAACUUCUUGUCAUCUUCCCAAAUGCGUAUGGCAAUGUGUUGUAGAAUAUUCUUCAGAAUAGGUUUAACUUUCCAUAAAGUUAACCCUUUUAUUUCUCAUAAAUAGUUCCAACCUCAGUAAAUUUCUCACUUGUUGUUGUUUUCUAUGGUUCAAUAAGAUUAACAAUAUCAUGCCGUUACACAUUAUUAUUUAUUUAAAUAAUAUUUCCUUUCCGUUUUCGACAAGUGCUAAUUAUUGCUAAAAAUCGUGCAAUUUAAAUUGUUCUUCUGUUUCAUUCUUUUGUAAAUUUAUUUAAGAAAAUGAAUGGAACCACCUGAAUAAUAAUUAAACCCGCUAGAUAGAAAGAAAAUUAUAUUUAUGUUUGUAGCUAUCAUCUUUUCUACUACAUCGAAAUUAUCAUUGCAAUUGCUUUCAAUAGUGAUCUAAAUUUCAGAUCCAUAUAAUUAUGUGUUGCUUUUAUAUUAAUGGAGACAUAAUUUUAUAAAUUUAAAAGAAGUAAAUGAAACUUCUUUUUAAAAGAUUUGGAAAUCCACCAUUCUUGUACCAACUCUGUUCUCAGUUUUGUUCUAAUUCUUGAUUUAAUCUUUCAAGCAUGUGUCUAAUAAGCUGUAAUUUUUACCAAGCUAUAAUUAUAUACUUAUGUAAAUAUACUUUGAAAUUUUAAAUUAUUUGCGAAAAAGUAAAAAGUAAUAUUUAUAAACUUUUUUGGCAUACCUUGUGAAAGACGUCCAAAACGCUCGUUACUAGCGGGCGUCAUUUUUUUUUUUUUUUUUUUUUAUUGCGACUGAUAUGAAAAAGACUGCUCAUAUGUAAGCAGAGUUAAAAAAUAAAAAAAUCCACUUUCUAGGAUUUGAGAUAAUUUUGAUUCUGAACCGCAUGUUUUUUUUUAAUGAUAACAAAAUUGAAGGAAACAUUCCAAAUGGAAGGAUAGCUAUUUGUGAUAUUGUAAAUAUAGAUAUGUAAAUAACAGAUACAAAAAUUUGUAAAUAAUAUACUUUUGUAUGUUAUAUUUUUUCAUGCAUUUAUAUUAUUUGUACAUGAGCAAUUUUAUAAAUAAAUAUCUAUGAAAUAUAUUUUUUCAUAAUGUUUUUUCCCUUCUUUACUACUGAUAGACAAAGUAAGCAACUACUUGGAAGCAAAUUUCAAGGGAAUGAAAAAAAAUUUGAAUAUUUUCUGAGGAAUUUAAUUUUUGAUCGUUCAGUUUGAU